AUGGCGCAGUCUGCGCUCCGCGAUGGCGAUGGAUACGGCUACCCGUCGACCCUGGCGACUUCCUACACCCCUCACACGACCCAAGUCCCCGAGGUCCACGUAGCCGCCCAAGGCAACGGCGUGCAAUGGCGAGUCGGCAACAACGGGCCACAAUGGCGUAGAUUCGGCGACAAGACCGGCUGGCAGGAGUAUCAGCGGCCGAACGCCAACACCAUCGGCUUGGGCUCGACCGGGAAGGGGAUUCUCAUAGGCAUGUUGUCUGCCUUUGGCUCGGCUGCGCUGGUGGGGUUGAUUAUCGCCAUUGUGUACUUCUUCCGAUACACGAGCCGGGGACGGAUCUUCCUGGAUCGCAUUAGUCGGCCGGGCGAGUUUGAUGAUGAGCAGUCGUUUUUGAGGGAAGAGGAGGAGGCGCUGGCGGAGAUGGACGAGAGGCAGAGGACGGAAUAUUUUAGGGCGAAAGCAUUCGUGCAAGCCAACCCGCCGGAAUCCGUCCAAACCGACAUAUCAUUAUCACAAUUCUUAGCGAUCCAAGAAAAAGGCGUUUCAGCAUGGGAGUUUGAGCCGGAAUUGGAAAUUGCAAAUUGCUUCGUGGAGGCCAGGACGGAGAUUGAGUUCUUUGAUUCGGAGUGCAGUGUACAGAGCAACCUACCCAUACCCAAACAGAACGAGGUGUACUACUGGGAAGCGAAACUAUACGACAAGCCGGAUUCGACGCUGGUCAGUAUUGGCCUCACGACGAAGCCUUAUCCGUUGUUCAGAUUGCCGGGAUUGCACAAAUACUCGAUUGCGUAUCAAUCUACGGGACACCGCAGGUUUCAGCAGCCCUUUAGCUCUACAAGCUAUGGGCCGCCUUAUGUACAGGGAGAUGUUAUCGGAGUCGGGUACAGGCCGCGGACCGGGACGAUCUUUUUCACCAGAAAUGGCAAGAAAUUGGAAGACGUGGCGCAUGGGUUGAAACUACACAACUUCUUCCCUACUGUUGGGGCCAACGGCCCUUGCAACAUUCACGUCAACUUUGGACAGAUGGGGUUUGUUUUCAUUGAAGCAAACGUCAAGAAAUGGGGCCUGGCACCGAUGACUGGAAGUCUGGCUCCUCCGCCUCCAUAUGGCAGUGAAGCUGGAAGCAUCUUGCUCGAGGGUGGCAGGGAAGGCGUCCGAGAAGGACAAGCGUGGAUCCCUGGACACGGUCGAACGAGUAGUGCCCAGGUUCGGUUACAAGGGCGACCGACACGAAGUCCUGGACCGGAGAGAUCGCCGACAGACAUCUCGCUCGCCCAACUCAACCUCGUGGACUCUAACGAAGACGACGACGCCGGAGAAGGAACGAGCGAAGCCGCCAGCAGUCAAGUACUGGUCAACCCCGGCCUACCACUCGAACCCGCCGACCACCCUCCCCCGGAAUAUGGAAGUCCCGAGGAAGAAGACUCGGACACCACCCCCCGCGCCAGCCGCGUGCCUCCCCAGAACGAGGAAUACGAACCUCUUAUAUACAACACCGAUCCACCGAUACCCACCUACGAAGCCGCCAUGGGCGACGUCGAGGCGGGGCGAGGGCGGAGUUCGACACGGACACGGCCUAGGAGCGAGUCAUGA